AUCUACGAGGAGAUAACCUUCGCUUGUUUUUCGUAAAUUGCGCCAGGUGUUUUAGGAGUUAAGAUACUGUUUCAGAUGGCUCGCGGUUUCUUCUAACACAAAACGAACUGUAGGUUUAUGCCCGGAUUCGAACCUAGACCAGCUCACCGACUGUCUCUUAGUUUACUCGGUAGAAAUGUUACCCGCUGCGCUUUUACGGGCACUAAAUUCAUCGUCCAGCUAUUUAGCCAGGCAUCCAGUGCCGUAUGUUUGCGCGUCACCUUCUCCCAGCCUCGUCGGCUGCCCUUUCCCUUUUCUAGGUCGCCUGCUCCAGGCGGCUCGCAUGAGAGCGCCGCCGCCAGAACGAACCAAAGAUAGUGUCAGCAAUUCACCGCCGACUCACCCGGAGUGACGUCCUGCUUGUCUACCCAAGCUCCCAUCAUCUUGCAGCAGCAACAGCAGCUACCGCUGUUUUUUUCCCUCUCGCACGACCCGCGGCUCUCCAUCUCCUUCUUCUCUUCGGCACCACACUUUCAGCGUUGGCGGCCACCAUUGGCGUGAGGGUUCCACUGUCCAAUGCGUCUGGCCUGUGGCUGUUCGAGUGUCUGCUGCCGCUGCUGUGAGCGCGAACCGCAAUUGAUAUAGAAGCGACGACCGCCGUCAUCUAUCAAUCGGUUGGUUAGUUCGUUGUUUGUCGUUGGUCGCCACAACCGCCGCCGCCGCGGCCGCCGCCGCCGCCGUCAACUCGCGCUUUACUCCUAUUUAGCAGGCGGCUGGCUAAAUUAGUGGUCGUGUCAAACUUUAUCUGCCGGCCGGUACUCGGCUUACGUAUAAGCUGACGUAGGAACGAAACAGCAGCUUUUGUGUGUCUCUGCUAAACGUUGAUUGAUGCUGAGACCAGUAUUGCUGCCUUAACAGCAGUCAAAACAUUAGCAACAAUAAGCGACAAUAGCAUAGCGGUCAGCACUUCACCGUUCGAACACUCCAACCAGUCAGCCAGAGGCGUGGAUCGACAUAGACGAAAUAACACAACGGGACAGCGCUGCUUAGCUGAUAGUACGCGUUGCAUUGGAAGUGUCCUCGUGGAAGCCACCCGGUGUGCAGGCCCAACCGGUUCCUGUAGACAUCGUCGUACACAGACAGGAACAUCCAAUAUUCUGGCCUAUUCUAUCCAGAACCGCUGUGCACUGUGUGUUGGAUUCUGUAGCAGGAGCUUUUUGGAUAGCGAUACGGCACUAGUAUCAGCAGAAGAAACUGUCUUGCUUCUGGCUAUUUGGGUAGGGAGCUUGGUCCGAGUGGAGCUACCGCGCUGGCACCCUAUUGCUACUAGAUGAGUUCGUUCCGUCAUUAGCAGAGCGUGUCAGCGCGCGCCGCGACUGAAAGAGGACGGACAUUCAAAGUAAAACGGAGAAACACGCUGGGUAAGCUAGACUGAAAGCUGAUUGAAAGUUUAUUGCCACGAGGAGUUAGUUAGUUCGCCCCAUAGAUACACAUCUGUAUCUUGAACACGACAAGGAAAACAUCGGAUCUGCGGACACGAGUGGAAUCGCGAGGUCAGUCAGUGAAGUUCAAGGGCAAUACAACAAUUGCGUGAGAAGCGUGCACUAAUGAAGUGUUAAGUAUUUCGAUUUGCUUAGGUUAUUGAUUCUUCUCACGUGAAAUCUGGAAAUCACGCAAAAUCUUCUGGAAAUUAGCUAGAAAAAACGUGCUCUCACUUAACUCUGUGUAUUGUCAAUACUAUCUAGAUCGAAGUUUCAACGGGGCUGGUGAGUACAAUCUAUCAGUGCUUUCAGUAACAUUCUCCUCACGGAUUCACCAAUAAACAGCUGACAGACAACUGCUAUUACGUUGAGGCCACUAUUCAAUAAUAAGCUGUUAUUGUUAUAUCUCAGUGAAAGUGAACGAUGCCAUUAAUACGUUAAACGAUCUGUAUAUAAACUGCAGUAGAACUGGAAGAGGACAACUGCGGACUCGCGCGAAACUUACGGAAAAACGGAUCUGCGACACGUCAGUGUGCUGUCUGAUACUUUGGUUUUAUAAUAUUACCCUGCGUUGGGACAAAUUAAAAAAUCAGUAAACGCAAAGAAUACAUUGUGGCUCAAAUAUUGUCAGAUCCCCACUAGCAGUACGGUGCUGCAGACGUCGCCUGUAUAAUAAUUCCUCGUUGACAAGCGCCUGACAUCGACUGGAUUUCAAUCGGUCUCAUCAUGCUCGACUAUUGUGAUCCACUAAACGCGACGUGCUUUGUUGACAAGUCAGGAGUAGACAUUGCCACCGUUAAACCCCAGUACUCGUUCCUGUUCGAGUUCGAAGAACGCUUUGACAAAAAUGCCAAUCGGCUGUGGAUGCACCAGAAUUGGCAUACGUCAUUUUAUUGGGCAGGGCUAUACGUUGCCCUUGUCUUUGGUAUUAGAAGAUAUAUGCGAGAGAGACCGCCGUUCGAACUAAAGAAGCCUCUCGUGAUCUGGAACUUACUGCUUGCCUGUUUCUCGAUUCUGGGUGCAUGUAGAACCGUUCCUGAGCUGGUCUACGUUUUGCGCAAGUUCGGUUUCCAGCACUCCGUCUGCAAUCCUUCGUACAUCGAGUACGAUCGCGUCGCAGGAUUUUGGACCUGGCUGUUCGUUCUGUCCAAGCUACCAGAGUUGGUUGACACAAUCUUCAUUGUUCUUCGGAAGCGGCCGCUCAUCUUUCUGCACUGGUAUCACCACGUGACGGUUCUCUGCUUUAGCUGGUAUUUCUACCAGCAGCAUAUCGCUCCGGCCAGGUGGUACGUCGUAAUGAAUUACACGAUCCAUAGCAUUAUGUAUAGUUAUUAUGCGGCUCGGGCGCUUCGUGUGAAACUUCCAGCCGGAUCGAAUUGGUCAAUCACGUUGCUCCAACUCACGCAAAUGGGCGUCGGAUUCUACGUCACACUGCACGCCUACAUUACGGGACCAACCUGCGCGAUCGUGCCACAUACUGCUCUUUGGUCGAUCUAUAUGUAUUUGUCAUAUUUCGGUCUAUUUGCUUUGUUCUUCUAUCGGGCCUACAUUGACGGCGACAGUAAAAAGAAGAGUAAGCGAACAAACGCCGACGGCAAGAUUGCCGAAAAGAAAAUGAACUAAAAGCGUUAUGAGCAAGACUGACAGUUAACGCCACAGGAAGAGGCCAUGGUGAACUCAUUGAGGAUCGAAGGAUUUGUAGGCAAAAAAAAAAAGAGAAGAUGACAAAGUAAGCACAAAAACUACCGCCAGCAGAUAUCUGCAUACAGCGGCACCUUUUUAGUCAUCUUUGCAAAUAGCACUGCCUUUUUUAGGCAGAAGUCGACGACUGAUAUUUUUGAGUUGUUCGGAUUCGUAUAUGGUGCAUACUCAUUUCAGGCAUUGACAGAAGAACCGCUCAGGACGCUGAAAUUGUCAAUAUUCAGUUGAUUCUCUGGCCUUCGUGAAGGCCGGCAGUACGAAGAGACCAUUACGUUACCAACACUAGUAUAUAAUAAUAUUGUAUACGUAAAUAGGAAUAAAUUAAUAAUAAUAAACCAUAAAAUAGACGUGUGAGUUGAAGAAACUUAAGUGAUUUCUAUCUAGUUGAAUGCAUUAAAUAUACGCGUUUUACAUUAUAUAUACACAGAGAGAAAUCAGCGUAACGUUACGAUCGAGCGAGCAGCGCGAAUAUUACAUAGGCGUCAAGGUUAUUGGUGAUGUGUCGGAGAGACUGAUCAAGAUGGUCCUAGCGAUAAUCAAUAUCCUAUCAAAAACACAGCCGCGUAUCAAGUAUGGAUACAUAUAAUUUUAACCAUAUAUAUAUAUAUAUAUAUAUAUAAAAUGAUGAUAUUAUAGGAAAAUGAAAUGUGAUCGAACGAAUUUAGUCUAGCCUGAGACUGAUCGAUUGUAGUCAAUGCGUACCUGGUAUUAUGAUAUGACGCGUAUAGUACAGAAUCGUAUUAGGCAAUUUACCGCAGAGCUUUUGAUAGGUGAGUAGCGCUGAUUGAUCUUAAACACUCGAUAGAUACUUGAAUUUGGGCAAAUAGAAUAUUGUUUUCACUCAAAGUCAAUAUGAUUUCCACUCAGAUUUAAGAAAUUAUCCAAAAGCUAUCACUAUAAUGUUAUCGAGCUUGGGCGUAUGAGCCAAUCUACGUAAACAUUGCUCACAAACUAUAUAUAAUCGUCACUAGACAGUGCAGUGUAUUUGAUCGGGACCUACACGUGAUUGCUCUAUAAAAACGCUUUUUUCAGUCCUGUUC